GGGACAAUGUCCCCUGAGCGGUGGAGGCAGCGGUGGCUGCGGAGGCCGCGGCACCGGCGCCGGUAACGGCAGCGACGGCCGCACCAAAGAGGGGAGCUCCGAGCCCGGCGCCUGGCCGGCGGCGCCGCCUCCCCGAUCUACAAUGCCUUGCUGAGCCAGCCCAGCAGCUGAGUGCUUGGAGCCAAGCAGAGAGCAUCCAUGGAUGGACCCCUGGUGGGCGGCCUGGCUGCCCCAGACCGUCCUCGAGGCCCUGAGAGACUGCCCGGCCCAGCACCGAGAGAGGACAUUGAGGGUGGGGCUGAGGCAGCUGAAGGGGAUGGUGGCAUCUUCCGGUCCACCCAUUACCUGCCGGUCACCAAGGAGGGCCCCCGAGACAUUCUGGAUGGCAGAGGUGGCAUUUCUGACGGGCAGCCCCAUCCCGGCCUCAACGAAGCCCUCCCCCGUGCCACCUCCGCCACCCAUCGGAUCAGCAGCUGCUGCUGGGAUGGAGGCAGCCUGGACUUCCGGCCAGGUUCCCCACCACCCCAUCUCCUGGGCCACUUCUCUGGCCUCCCCGGUGGCCGGGGGCCCUGGGAGCACCCCCUGGUCCAGGAAGCUGGGGAGGGCAUCCCAUCUGAGCAGAGGUUCGAGGACUCGGUCAUUGUGAGAACUGUGAAGCCCCACGCUGAGCUUGAGGGCUCUAGAAGGUUCUUGUACCAUCAGGGUGAACCGAAGCUCUUGGAGAAGUCCCCCCAGGGCCGCUCCAGGUUCAACUGGCUCCAAGACGCAGAUGAGCAGUCCCCACCCCAGAAUUCAGGGCUGCCCCUGGACCUGCUGCCCCCACCGCCACCUCUCACCUCCUUCAGGACAGUGCUGGUGCCUGGAGAGGGCACCACGAAGAACUUGGAUGUGGAGGUAGGAGCCAGAGAGCACUUGACAGACCUGGAGGGGCUGGCCCAGUCUACUUCGGAGUGGUGUCUGCCUCGGUCAGCCACAGAAGUGGCCACUCAGACCUGGACGGUGAACUCGGAGGCAUCUGUGGAGCGACUGCAGCCACUGCUGCCCCCCGUCCGGACCGGUCCUUACCUGUGUGAGCUGCUGCAGGAGGUGGCUGAGGAGGUGGCCAGCCCAGAUGAGGAUGAGGACGAGGACCCGGCUGUAUUCCCGUGCGUGGAGUGUAGCAUCUACUUCAAGCAGAAGGAGCACCUUCUGGAGCACAUGAGCCAGCAUCGCCGAGCCCCAGGCCAGGAGCCCCCCGCCAACUUGGCCCCACUGGCCUGCAGUGAGUGUGGCUGGGCCUUUGCUGACCCCUGUGCCCUGGAGCACCACCGGCAGCUGCACCAGGCCUCCAGGGAGAAGAUUCUCGAAGAAAUCCAGAAGCUGAAGCAGAUCCCAAAUGAUGAGGGCCGGGAGGCACGGCUGCAGUGCUCUAAGUGCGUCUUUGGCACCAGUUCCUCCAAAGCCUUUGUGCAGCAUGCCAAGCUGCACGUGCGAGAGUCACCAGGCCAGGCUGCCAAGGAGCACUUUGGGGGUGGCAGCCCAGGCCCUGACGCCACUGCCCUCGGCUAUCAGCCCUAUGGAGCCUCCUCAGGUCUCAAUGCUUGCAUUUUCUGUGGCUUCCCAGCGCCCAGCGAGAGCCUACUCAGGGAGCAUGUGAGGCUUGUGCACGCUCGUCCCCACUGGGAGGAGGAUGGUGAGGCAUUUGAGGAGAACCCUGCCAGCCAGCCUGGCACCAGCCAGGACGUGUAUGCCCGCUUCUCUGAAGCUGCUGAGGACUACUUUGGCAACGCUGAGCCGUUUUUGGCCCCUACAUGGCGGGAGAACCCUACUGGAUACGACCCCAGCCUGGCCUUUGGCCCAGGCUGCCAGCAGCUGGGCACAAGGGAUUUCCCACUGUCAAAGCCACUACCGCACAGCGUGGGCCAGAGGCCCCUGGGAAGGCCAGCCUUUCCCUCACCACUAGCAUCCACUCCGUAUUCCUUACAGCCCAGUAGAAGCAAAAAUGCUGUCCAUUUGCAGGGGCUCCCAGCCCCACUGGGGGACCAGAGACACCCCUGGAGCGAAGAGGAGGAGGAGGAUAUACAGCUGGCCUCGGAAAUGGACUUUUUCCCUGAGAAUGGAGUCUUUCCACCUCUCGCUGUCCCUGGCCUCAUCCCAGAGCCAGCCCUGGAGCUGAAGCGGACUUUCCGAGAAGCCCUCCGAUCGGCGGCAGCCUCACCAGCACAGCAGCAGCAGCUCCUUGGGAUGGUACCCGUCGUGCUGGUGGCCAAGCUGAGGCCCCAGGUCUUGGCUGCGGCAGCCAGGGCACCUCCGAGGCUGCCGCCCGAGGAGCUGGGGCUGGAGGGCGCCCACCCCUUGGACUUCCUACUCCUCGAUGCACCACUGGGCGGCCCGCUGGGGCUGGACACAAUCCUGGAUGGGGACCCCGCAAUGGCGCUGAAGCACGAGGAGCGGAAGUGCCCCUACUGCCCCGAUCGCUUCCACAACGGCAUCGGCCUGGCAAACCACGUGCGGGGCCACCUGAACCGCGUGGGCGUCAGCUACAAUGUUCGGCAUUUCAUCUCCGCCGAGGAGGUGAAGGCCAUCGAACGCAGGUUCUCCUUCCAGAAGAAGAAGAAAAAAGUGGCUAACUUUGACCCUGGCACCUUCAGCCUGAUGCGCUGUGACUUCUGCGGGGCCGGCUUCGACACCAGGGCUGGCCUCUCUAGCCACGCCCGGGCCCACCUGCGUGACUUUGGCAUCACUAACUGGGAGCUCACCGUCUCACCCAUCAACAUCCUACAGGAGCUGCUGGCCACAUCGGCCGCCGAGAGGCCCCCCAGCCCCCUUGGCCAUGAGCCCGGGGGGAUGCCUGGUGGCUAUCUGACCCCUCGCAGGCCCCGUUUACCUCUCACAGUGCCCUUCCCACCCACCUGGGCUGAGGACCCUGGGCCAGCCUACGGAGAUGGCCUGGGUUCUGAAGAAAACACCAUGGUGGCCAUGGACUUGGGCCCCCCUCUGCUCCCCAGGAAGAGCCUACCUGCUCCCGGGCCCCUGGAGCAGGUGGCCAAUCGGCUGAGCAGCAAAGUGGCUGCAGAGGUUUCUCAUGGCAGCAAGCAAGAGCUGCCGGACCUCAAGGCCCAGAGCCUGACCACCUGCGAGGUCUGCGGUGCCUGCUUUGAGACACGCAAGGGCCUGUCCAGCCAUGCGCGCUCCCACCUGCGGCAGCUGGGUGUGGCCGAGUCUGAGAGCAGCGGUGCCCCCAUCGACCUCCUCUACGAGCUCGUGAAGCAGAAGGGCCUGCCUGACACACCCCUUGGGCUGCCCCCGGGCCUGACUAAGAAGUCCAGCUCCCCGAAGGAGGUGGUCGCUGGGGCCCCCCGACAGAGCCUGCUCACCCUGGCCAAGCCCCUGGACGCCCCUGCUAUCAACAAGGCCAUCAAGUCGCCUCCUGGCUUCUCAGCCAAGGGCCUGGCUCACCCGCCCAGCUCCCCACUCCUCAAGAAGGCACCACUGGCCCUGGCAGGCUCCCCUAUCCCCAAGAAUCCUGAGGACAAGAGCCCCCAGCUGUCCCUGAGCCCCCGGCCGGUCUCCCCAAAGGCACAGUGGCCUCAGUCUGAGGACGAGGGGCCCCUGAACCUCACUUUAGAUAGUGACGGGGGCAGAGAGCUGGACUGCCAGCUGUGCGGUGCCUGGUUUGAGACCCGCAAGGGCCUGUCCAGCCACGCCCGCGCCCACCUGCGCCACCUGGGCGUCAGCGACCCGGAUGCCAAGGGAUCCCCCAUAGACGUGCUCCACGGGCUCAUCAGGAGGGUCGGCAUCCAGAAUCGCCUCCCACCCGGGCGCAGCGUGCUGGCCCAGCUGGGGCGGCCUCCUCCCACCUCCACGGCCCUCUCCUUGCUCCCCCCCCCACCGCCGGCCAAGAAGGCCAAGCUGAAGGCUGCGGGUAUGGCCAGCCCCUGGGGGAAGCAGGACCUCUCGGCCGCCGCAGCCGCUGGCAUUUUCUGGGCCUCUGAUGUGGAGCCGUCUCCUCUCAACCUCUCCUCAGGCCCAGAACCAGCUCGCGAUAUCCGCUGCGAGUUCUGUGGUGAGUUCUUCGAGAACCGAAAGGGUCUUUCCAGCCACGCACGCUCCCACUUGCGGCAGAUGGGUGUGACUGAGUGGUAUGUCAACGGCUCGCCCAUCGACACGCUGCGGGAGAUCCUCAAGAGGCGGACUCAGUCCCGGCCCGGAGGACCCCUCCAUCCACCAGGACCUAGUCCAAAAGCCUUGGCCAAGGUGGUGGGCAGCGGAGGUCUCGGCAGCUCGCUGGAAGCCCGCAGCCCUGCAGACCUUCACCUCUCGCCCCUGGCCAAGAAGUUGCCACCACCACCAGGCAGCCCCCUGGGCCACUCACCAACUGCUUCUCCUCCUCCCACGGCCCGAAAGAUGUUCUCAGGCCUGACUGCACCCUCCCUGACCAAGAAGCUGAAGCCUGAACAAAUGCGUGUGGAGAUCAAGCGUGAGAUGCUGCCAGGGGCCCUUCAUGGGGAGCUACACCCGUCUGAGGGUCCCUGGGUGGCGCCACGGGAAGACAUGGCCCCCCUGAACCUGUCAUCACGGGCAGAGCCAGUGCGUGACAUCCGCUGUGAGUUCUGUGGUGAGUUCUUUGAGAACCGAAAAGGCUUGUCCAGCCACGCACGCUCCCACCUGCGACAGAUGGGUGUGACUGAGUGGUCCGUCAAUGGCUCACCCAUCGACACGCUUCGGGAGAUCCUUAAGAAGAAGUCUAAGCCGUGCCUCAUCAAGAAGGAGCCUCCAGCUGGAGACCUGGCCCCUGCCUUGGUUGAGGAUGGGCCCCCUACAGCGGUUCCUGGGUCUGUGCAGCCCCUCCUGCCGCUGGUGCCAAUGGCUGGCCGGCCAGGCAAACCAGGAGCUGGGCUGGCCCAGGUACCCCGUGAGCUCAACCUGGCACCCAUCACGGGUGCCAAGCCCUCAGCCACCAGCUACCUGGGCUCAGUGGCAGCCAAGCGACCCCUGCAGGAGGAUCGCUUCCUCUCUGCAGAGGUCAAGGCCAAGACCUACAUCCAGACUGAACUGCCCUUCAAGGCAAAGACCCUUCACGAGAAGACCUCCCACUCCUCCACCGAGGCCUGCUGUGAGCUGUGUGGCCUUUACUUCGAAAACCGCAAGGCCCUGGCCAGCCAUGCUCGGGCGCAUCUGCGGCAGUUCGGUGUGACUGAGUGGUGCGUGAAUGGCUCACCCAUUGAGACGCUGAGCGAGUGGAUCAAGCACCGGCCCCAGAAGGUGGGCGCCUACCGCAGCUACAUCCAGGGUGGCCGCCCCUUCACCAAGAAGUUCCGAAAUGCUGGCCAUGGCCGCGAGAGCGACAAGCGGCCACACCUGGGGCUGGCACCUGGGGGCCUGUCCGUGGUGGGCCGCAGUGCUGGGGGUGAGCCAGGGCCAGAGGCUGGCCGGGCAGCCGACGGUGGCGAGCGGCCUUUGGCAGCCAGCCCACCGGGCACUGUGAAAGCCGAGGAGCACCAGCGGCAGAACAUCAACAAAUUUGAGCGCCGACAAGCCCGCCCUGCAGAUACCUCUGCGGCCAGGGGGGGCGAGGAGGCCAAUGACCUGCAGCAGAAGCUGGAGGAGGUGCGGCAACCCCCACCCCGGGUCCGGCCAGUCCCCUCCUUGGUGCCUCGUCCCCCCCAGACAUCACUGGUUAAGUUCGUCGGCAACAUCUAUACCCUCAAGUGCAGGUUCUGUGAGGUGGAAUUCCAGGGACCUCUCUCCAUCCAGGAGGAGUGGGUGCGGCACUUACAGCGGCACAUCCUGGAGAUGAAUUUCUCCAAAGCAGACCCCCCGCCCGAGGAGCCCCAGGCCCCUCCAGCACAGACAGCGGCGGCAGAGGCACCCUAACACAAAAGCAUUCCAGAUCUCUCUCGUGCCACCUCUGUCUCCUACUCCUCCUUGGUCUCCUCCUCUCUCUCUCCCUUCUUUCUUUUCCGUUCCCAAAGGAGCAAGCCAAAACCUCAAACCGGCACCCUUGGGGGCCGGGCACACUACAGCCAGGGCGCCCCUCCCCCAGCUCAAGGACUCUGGGGCCAAACCCAGGGUGUGUUCCUUCAGGCCACACCUACCCAAUCCAGCCAGGGCAGCGGCCAGGUCCCUGGUGGCAGGUGAUCUGGUCAUGGGAGGAAGGCCAGCACUCCCCAGUGUCUAGCAGCCAGGUGGGGCUUUGUUUGCCAUCUGUGGCCAUUUACAAGGACCCCAAAGACCCCCUGUACUGGUUCCCUCUUGCCCCGUGAAUAUCCUCUCACACACGCACAUGCAAACACACACACGCACGCACGCACGCACACACACACACACCUCGUGAGACCCGGGAUCUGCCCCAGCCCCCCAGUUCCCAAGUCAAACGAACACAUCAUGCCACGGUGCUUGCUCAGGGGAAGGUACGCUCCCUCUGCGGGCCCACUGAGGCCUGGGAGCCCCCACUGAGCCCACAAUGCCACGGAAAUCCUUGUUGGCCGCCCCCCCUCCCCCAGAGGGGCCUUCCCAGCUGGGAAGAGCUCAGAGCUGACAGCUGCCUCCUGCCAUGUCCAGGCCCCCCAGAACCUCUGGGGGCUCUGGGCCCUGGAAGGGGUGGGGUGGGACUUUCCUCCCCACUCCUAUCCCCUCCCUCUUUUCACUGUUCCUUUCUAUGUACAGCUCCUUAGACCUUUCACUUUUUUAAAAACGCAUUUUGUGUAGAGAAUAAGGAACGUGGAUCUUUUUAUUUUGCGAUCCUGGGCCAGCUAGAAACUGGGAGCUGAUCAAUCUUUUAACUUUUUUCAGUGGCCACAUUUUGGUUAUCAAUGUACCUAGAAGUAUGUAAAUUAGAUUAAAUUUCUCUUCUGGAAAUACCCCGGGGCAGGCGGCCAGCGUGUGUUUUUCUGUCAAGUGGACAGGCUGGCAUCAGCUGGCACCUGGGGCUGGGAUCAAGCCGCCUCCACCCAGAGUCUCAGGAGGUCCUGGGUUUUCCCUUUGGCCACCAAACCAACUGGACCCAGCUGGGGAUGAGCUCAAGUUCCCAGCUUGUUGGCCCUCAAUGGCAUGGCCGGUGCGGACUCUGGCCAGCUGGUGACGAGGCUCCUAUGUGCAGAGGAGAGGAAACGGCUCUGGGCAGCUGGUCCAGGAAGGGAGCCAGGAGGGAGAAGUGAUUGAGGCCCAAGGGCUCUUGGAGUCAGGAGCUGACCAUCGAGGGUGUGGGGGACACUGGGGGAGGGAGGAGUGCACAGCUGUCAGGACCUCUUGGCUGGGACUGGCCUGCCUUCAAGACAUGCGACCUGUUGGGAGAUACACAUGCACCCUGAACCCCAGUAACAAGGAGAAAGCGAGCUGUUGGCUCCUCUGCAAUGUUAUUUAUUUUCUCACUCUGCAAAUGUUUAUUGAACAUUUCUGAGAUUUUAAGAUAUUUUGUUGGCUGCUCCUUCUUGUUUAUUGCAUGUGGUUUUUCAGCUCAUCGUUUUCACUCAUGGCCAAGGGCUGGAAAGCAGGAAUGACCUCAGGGGGUAUAGACAGAAGAAGCCUCUUCAGCCCCGAACCCUUUUACCCCAGCCCGCACCAUGUACCUGGCUGGGAAAGGGGCAAAGAAGCUAUGGCAGCAUACCCACAGGAGCGGUCUUGUCCUUCAUGCUUGACUUUUCUGCUUGUGGUCAGGACACAUGCCUUGCCUGGUGGAGGAAGGGUUCCACCACUGCUGUCUAUCCCGAGUGUGGGUGGGUGGAUCUGAGGCUUUGGAAACAGGGAGGGUAUCUCGGAUGAGAGCUGACCUAAAGGCACUUUUUAAUUUUUUUACAAAUUAGCUUAAAAAGUACAAAAGUGAUAUAAGCUGAAUAUAAAAAAAGUUCAAAUGAUGGAAGAACUUGCAAAGUAAUAUGGGAAGACCUUUCUCACCCACAGUUGUGGAGGGAUAGCUGUGUGAGUACUUGGAUGGGUCACAUAUAGUUCUUACCACAGAGGGAUCUUUUCCUAAAACUUCUGAGCACAUCCCUUAAGUCAUUUUGACUCACUCUGAGGUAGAGGGUUGAAUUUAUUAACAAAAUCAUCAAGUGAGGAUAAAAUGACGGCUGUGGUAUGUGCUAUGAAGGAGAAGUGUCCAGGGGACUGCUUUGGGGGUCAGGCAGGCAGGUGUUCCUGAGGGUGAUACAAAUAAGCCGAGUCCCAAAGCUGGAAUGCACAUUGAUCAGAGUUUCACAUGCUUUACGUAAGGAGUUUCUUGCCCCACAUGACAGCAAGUUCUGCAGAAGCCCCAUUUGUGUAUGUGUGUGGGAGGAGUUGUUUAAAAUUUUGUGGAGAAUUCCAAACCUACAAUGAGCCCUCAACUACUCAUCGAUUAUUAACUCAUGACUAAUCUCUUCAGUUAUAAACUCUUCACCCCUCCUUCCCCAUCUGGAUUAUGACAGAAAAGUGUACAAGUCAUACUUGUGUAGCUUGAUGGAUUUUCACAAACAUGUUAAGUACCAUUUUAAGUGUCUGCAGCUCUGCCAAGUAAUGUCUUAGCAGCCAUGAGAUGCCUCUGACGCUGGAUUGUACAUAUCCAUUCCGGGUGCUGAGGACAGGGCUGGAACCUGGCUGGGCUACUGCAGGAUCGCUAAAGUCCAGAAGGACCAAGAAGAUUUUAGUGGGUCAUUCCAGCUUUAACACUUAAGCAUCAAGGACUUUGAGCAAGUCAUGAAUUCCAAGUCUCUGUUUUCUUGUCUUUUAAAUGAGAAUUCAAAAAGACAAGGCCUUUGCAGGUGUGAGGAAACAUUCCAGAUAAUAAAUUACAAACAUUUAUUACAUAUAUAAUACAAACAUGUUAUAUAAAUAUAUUUGUUAUUUUUAUGUAACCAUUGAUAACAAACCGUAACAAUUUGUAUACCCAGCACUGGAGUGACUCCUUUAUAUAUACAUAUUUGAAUCUGUGCCCAGCAUCUCGUUUGGCGCUUAGUUGUGAUUUUCGUUCCAAUAUGGCUUUACCGUGCUCAUUUUGGAGCUGAAGGCCAGAGAUGUUAGAAACAGCCCCUGUUGGCACAGCACCCCGGCGGGAGAGCCGCGAUUCCAGCGGUGCCCUUCGCUGUAAACCCAGCUCCCUCUGGCGGGCCUCCCGGUCACAGACCCAACCCCCACCCGGCCGCCCUUGAGCCUCGGGUCUUUCCGUAGCGCAUAGCUCCGCCCCUUCGAACUCUACGGGUUAUUUUUAACCAAUCACCGCAGGCUUGAAAUAACGAAAGGCGGGAGCAGGGCGGGACUCUCAUGAGAUUGGCAACAGCCUCAGCCGUUGGUAUGAGGAAACCCUGAAAUAGACAGUAUCGUGGCCUAAUAGACGUGAAGUCGGAGCCGGGCGUGAGCCAAUGCGGUCGGGAGGCGGGGCUCCGUUAUAUGUAGAAAGAGCCCGGGGGAUUGUCACGGCAAUCUCCGCGUCUGACGUGCGGCGCAUUUGCCGGAGUUUUCAGGCGCAGUGUACGCCGCUGCCAUGAGCUACACAGAUCUUAUUGUGACCUGGAAGACAGUUCUGUGUGGUGAGGGUCAAGCCUGCUGAAGAAACCAGAACACGAGUGAUUAGGUGCCGUGGGGAACUUAAACACGGAGCGUUGACGUUUGUAGACAAGGACACUGAGUUGGAGAGGUCACUAAUGGCCACAUCUGAAUUUUACCUCCCCAUCUCGAGGCUCUGAUUCUGUGUUACGUUUUUCACUUUUAAAAAGCUGACCACUAAAGUCAAAGGCAUUUUAAUCAUAUCCCAGACAACUAUUUUGCCCUUAGGGAGAAGUUCUGGAGGCCUAAGCAAAUGUAAACCUCUUACUUACAGAAUGUGAUUAAAAUAAUUUAUCUUUCUGAUA